UCUGGAGGCUGUAGUAAAAGUGACCGCCCUUGAGGUCACGGCGAGGAAUUCCCCGUUAUUCCAAAAGUAUAAAAACAGAAAGAUAAUUUGGAUAUUUAUUUUAAGUUUUCGAAAUUAAAAGUAUCGUUUUUCAUCUAAGAAAUGAAGUGUUUAACUUGGAUUUUCCUAGUGAUUGCAUUUGAAACAGUCUAUGCUGUGACAUCUGGGAACACUUAUCAACACAGUCAUCAGCACAAUCAUCAACCUACUCAUAAAUUCUACGUGAAAGAUUUCUACUCACCUAGCUAUGGUGGAUAUGGAUUAGGUGGAUACGUAUUAGGUGGACACGGAUUAGGUGGACAUGGAUUAGGUGGACACGGAUUAGGUGGAUAUUACGGAUCAGGUGGAUACGGAUUAGGUGGAUACAGGCCAUCCGCCUAUAAGAAUUAUAGGCCACACUACGCUGCCUCUUAUCAACCUGAUUACUGGCACGGAUCUGGUUAUUUGUACGAUCCUUAUUUCCACGGCAGUUAUGAUCACGGCAUAAUCCCUGUUAAGGUUUCAGGAUAUGAUUACGAUGAUUGGAAACAGUAAACAUUCAAAUAUAUCAGAUAAAUUGACCUAGUAAAAUCGAAACGUGGUUCAAGGCGUGGAAUUAUAAUUUAAAAUAAUGAGUACAAUCAAACAAAAAAAGAAUAUAUGACAUGCAUUUCGAAGAUUGUACAGUAAAGAUAAUGAAUGGUAUGAAAAUCUCUAUCAAACUUGCUCUGACUGUAUCAUAAUGCAAAUAAAAGGAAUUAAAGACAUAGGUUUAAUAAUAAAAAAAAAAUCAUACUUUCGAUAAAGAGGAAUAAAUUGUAAUUAUGUUAUAUUAUUUAUCAGAAAUGCAUUAAACAUUUUCAAUGGAAAUUUUUUACCAACUUUUUAAUCAUGUGCAAAUUGUUUACUUCAGAACAUCUGGGUUCAGAAAAUGGUUAAUCAAUUUUUCAACCUCACAAGCAUUGUUUUUUAUUAAAAAAUAGUUAAUAUUUAUUUAUUUUUUAUUGUUACAUAUUAUUGAAUAUAGUUAUAUUUAGUGGAAUGGAUAAGUGUGAUUGUACUGUUAAAAAUUUUUCCUGAAGAAAAAUUUUUAUUU